GUAACCCAACGUAUGUGAAGCCAAAACCCUAACCCCUGAAUCUCUCUCCAUCGCAGUGGUUUCCUCAUUUUCAUCGACCGAUCGAAUCCGAUGGCUUUCUUCUCCACUGUAAGGCGCGUUCUUAAUGGAUCUUCUUCUUCCUCCAUUCUCCGAUCCCAGUGGACUGCCGUUCGUCUCAGCUCAACUCUCACAUCCCCAAGGCUCUUCAUCAGUGGUCUUUCAAGAUUAACAACAGAUGAGAAACUGCAGGAAGCAUUCUCUUCCUUUGGUCAGCUUGUAGAAGCGAAGGUUAUAACCGAUAGGGUGACGGGAAGAUCGAAGGGCUUCGGCUUUGUAUCCUACAACACAAUUGAAGAGGCUGAGAAAGCUAGAGAAGAAAUGAAUGCCAAGUUUUUGGAUGGGUGGGUUAUUUUUGUUGAUCCUGCCAAACCCAGGGAGCCCAGGGAGCCUAGGCCUCCUCCACAGCCUCAACCUGAGACCUCUGAAUUCGGUAUCAGAACAAACAAGACAAUUGGUUGGUGUGGAUGAUUGCUUGCAAAAUUUAUGAAAUCUCAUAGCAUUUGGUCGUUUUUUCCAAUAGCAUAUGGUUGAAUUUGAUGUAUGGCCAUCAUCCAUGGGUACUAUAGAUAAAAUUCAUGAGACAGCACUCUCAAGGGAGCCUCAAAACUGCCAGAAAGAGGGUAUUUUGGCCUUGGGGUACUUGUUAUAAGUAUGGAUUUGGAUCCAGAAAAGUAUUUAUUGACCUAGGUUUAUUAUUCAUACUUUAAUUUUUAACUUAUACGUAUUUUGUUAUAGUUUUAUAUUUAAUUAUUCUAUUUUGCUCUCUAAUUUUCUGUGGAAAAUGAGAACCUAUUUUGGUAUUUUUGUUUAUAUCUUAGACUAAUAUUCGAAUGUAAUAUCACACCAAUGACUAAAUCAA